AUGUCGUUCACCUUCAACUGGCCAAGAUUCUCAGACCAGUUCCAUUACGAUGCCAUCCAGAUGCUCAACACUGCCCUCAACAAAGGCAACAAACCACCCAUCAUAGCAGACAAGAUAGAGGUUGUCGAGCUCGAAAUGGGAUCUCAGCCCCCAGAGCUCGAGAUUCGCGACAUUGGCGACCUUACCAUGGAUCAGUUUAGAGGCAUAUUUCGCAUGACAUAUACCGGAGACGCCCACCUCGUCCUCAAGACAAAGGUUCAGGCAAAUCCGUUGAACCACAAGCAGCCUGACAUUCAUCUAAUGGCUGGAUCGAGAGGUAUGCUAGCAGCCAAGCAUCCAUUGGUCGUACCCAUGCUUUUGCGCCUUUCCCACUUCCGUCUCAGUUCCUACGUCGUCCUCGUGGUUUCCAAACAAAAAGGCAUAACUCUCGUCUUCAAAACAGACCCUCUCCAACACGUUGAUAUCAACAGCACAUUCGACUCAAUCGCCGUCAUCCAGAACUUCAUUCAGCGAGAGAUUGAGGGACAACUCAGACAGAUGUUUAGAGAGGAUCUGCCCGGUAUCAUACACCGUCUCAGUCAACAAUGGGUGAAGGCUAAAGUAGAAGCUCCAUAUCUCUCCACUACACAACACCUACAUCAUAAGAACUCUCUUAGUUCUGUUGCUUCUUAUCGCAGCCGCCCACUGUCGACUUCUACGGGCCGACCAACCACGCCGCCUUUACAAAAACCGCCUACACCUCCGGAACCUUCCCCGUCCUCACAUCCUGAUCUAGAAAACUUUGAUCCUACUUAUGGUCUCCGUCCGGAAGGACUCCCCACCAAAAGCGUCUUCAAAAGCUUUAGUAGUCUCUUUACCCCGAACAAAGGACUAGCAGAUCUUGCAGAAGAAAUUGACGACAAGAGCAGUACAGGCCUCAAUAGCGAAUUUAGCGAAUACGAUGACGAGGAACAACUUGAUUCGUUUGACUUUGUUGAUUGGGGGGAUGAUUCUCCCGCUGUGGAACGACAGGAGACCUCCACUACGACAACACCAGAGUACGAAACUAUUCCUGCUGUUGGAGGGGGAACUAUCACACGACCCCGCGUUUUCCACUCUCAAUCACAAGUUGGCCUCUCUCGUUCCAUAUCUUCUCUCAAUCCCUCACACCCGCCUCCACCCAGUAGCAAUACAAGCAGCAGACGCCAUACGUCUUUAUCAGCUUCUCAUCCCAAUAUACAUCUGCACAUGAAUAGCUCAGCAUCAAGUACGGCAGGCGUGCCACUACGUACCGCGCCGGUUCCGGGAUCGUACACACAGCGUCCUGGCAUGUAUCCACGUACACAUAGGAAUACUGCUGGGAGUUUUAUACUAGGCCGACCGCGGACGCCUGAUAGCAUAGAUUCUCCGCCUACAUCGAGAUCAAGUAGCGGGCUGUCGACUUCUGCGUCGGCUGCUCCCUUCUCGCGGCGUUUAACAGGGCUGAGUUACCCGUAUUCGCGCGCCUCCUCGUUAGCUUCUGAAAUCAAUGCUUCAGGUGUGAAGCAGAAUGAAUCCUCUUCGCCUCUAUAUAUGCAGCGUGGACUAGGCCAGAGACGAAUGUCUUCCGCUUCUGAUGCGACUGUCUUAUCCGGGAUCAGCCAUCGCACUGCGACUACUGCCGCAGGACGUGCCUAUUUUGAGCUUCCUCCGAAUUAUGAGUAUGAAUACGAACAUCAUUUCACAGAACAUCCCUAUCCAUAUAUCCAAGAUGCAGAACAUCGUAUCCAACGCGAUCGCGACCAUAUGCGGGUACAGCGAGCCCCCGUUUCAUCUUCAGUCAAAUCCUCCUCGCUAACGGUCUCUCCGCUUCUUGAACCCCCACUGUCACCCACCCAUUCCGGCUCAGUUUCUCUCUCUCCUUCCAUUUCAGUCUCAGCAUCUACUCCUGCAUCUCCAUCAAAACAGUACCACCCACGACCGCCCCUUAACACACAUACCAACUUUCACUCCACAACAAACACUCAAAACCAGCCGCAAGUGGUGCCGGCGUUCCGGCCUGCACACAAGAUCGUGUUACGGCCGUCCUCAGGCUCCUCCUCCAUACACCAGUUGAGCACGCUGAGUACAUCUAAUCAUACACUCAGCCCGUACACCCGCGAUCUCUCUCAUUUUACGGUGCGGAGCGUACCGCCGCGUACACACUCUGUGGGUAUAGUCGGCGUUGGCGCAAGCUACGGAUUUGGCGUACACUCUGCAAACGUAGGAGGAUCAGGCAGCGCAGGAGGGCCUAACGGCGACAGAGGACAUAUCAAGGCGAAAAGGAAGAGGAUAUACAAACUCGGUGGAAAGGGUGCUGGUGUGGCCGUUGCUGCAGCAGAGGCCAAGGCUAAAGCGGAAGAAGCAUCAAGCAGAAGACGGCCUGAGAGGAACAGUGCCUAUGGAGAGGAUGAGUUCGACGUAUCCGAUAUGGACAGGUAUUUCACCCAUGAUGAUGACGACCAUCUUCAUACUGGAACGAACACAGAUGAACCACGGACGCUGUAG